UAAAGAUGGCGGCCCCCUCCGCGUCCAGCGUGGGGAGAGCUCCGCUGCUUCUCUGAGCCGGACUCUUGUUUUUCGGACAGAAACAAACGCUCUAAACUCUCAGAUCUUUAAACUCUCAGAUCUUUAAACUCUCAGAUCUUUAAACUCUCAGAUCUUUAAACUCUCAGAUCUUUAAACUCUCAGGCCGCAGAUGGAGACGUUCACGGGGCGCGUGAAGCCCGCGUGCGGGGCGGAGGAGACGCGGGAGGAGCGCGAGGAGGAGGACUUCCAUCAGGACAUCGCUCGGUCGUCGUUCGCGGACAUGCUCCACGACCACGACCGGAACAUCAAGUACUACCAGGGCAUCCGGGCCGCCGUGGCGCGUGUGAAGGCGCGCGGGGAGCCGGUCAUAGUUCUGGACAUCGGCACCGGGACCGGCCUGUUGUCCAUGAUGGCGGUGACCGCGGGGGCGGACUUCUGUUACGCCGUGGAGGUGUUCGGGCCCAUGGCGGAGGCCGCGCGUUGCAUCGUGGGUAAGAACGGAUUCUCCGACAAAAUAAAAGUCAUCCACAAACACUCCACGGAGGUGACGGUGGGUCCUGGAGGAGACAUGCGCAGUAGAGCCAACGUCCUGGUCACGGAGCUGUUCGACACGGAGCUGAUCGGGGAGGGCGCGCUCCCGAGCUACGAGCACGCGCACGAGCACCUGAUGCAGAAGGGCUGUGAGGCCGUGCCCCACCGAGCCCGCGUGUACGCGCAGCUCGUGCACUGCGAGGAGCUGUGGGGCUGGACUCGGCUCCGGCCCGUGUCCGUGGGCUCGUCCACGCUGCUGCCCUCGCCCGCCCUCGCCCGCUGCCCCGGCUCCCACGCCGUCUGUGACCUCCAGCUGAGCCAGGUGCCCCCCCGCAGCUUCAGCGCGCUCAGCCCGCGCCUCACCAUGUUCUCUGUGGACUUCAGUAAAGCCGUGAGCAGCCGGACUCAGACCCACAGCCGCAGGUUUGAGGCUCUGUGCAGUGGACGGGCUCAGGUCGUCCUGUCCUGGUGGGACAUCAGCAUGGAUCCCAACGAUGACAUCGUGUGCAGCAUGGCCCCCAGCUGGACCUACGAGGACCCGCGCAGCGCCCCCUGGAGGGACCACUGGAUGCAGAGCGUGUACUUCCUCCCAGAGCAGAGCGCAGUGACCAAAGGAGAAGAUCUGUGUGUGAGUGUGACUCACGAUGACUUCAGUCUGUGGUUCAGUCUCUGCAGAGACUCUCAGAGCUGUGGGCAGGUGCCCCGGCCCUGCUGCACCUGUCUGGCUCACCUGGUGUGGAACCGUGCUCGUUUUGGAGAACUCAACGACUCCAGACGCACACAGAGUUACGUGGAGGCUCUGGGGCAGGUUCUCCAGGAGGACAGUGUGUGUCUGAGCGUGAGCGACGGCAGUCUGCUCCCGCUCUUCGCUCAUCUGCUCGGGGCUAAGAAGGUGUUCAGCGUGGAGAGCUUCAGGAUGACGCGGCAGGUGAUUGAGCAGGUGCUGGAGGCCAAUCAGCUGACAGGGUGCGUGGAGCUGCUGGGAGGGCAUCCGGAGCAGCUGAGCGGAGAGGACCUGCAGGGGCAGCAGGUGUCUGUGCUGAUGGGAGAGCCGUUCUUCAGAAGCAGCCUCCUGCCCUGGCACUCCCUGUACUUCUGGUACUGUCGCUCGGCCCUGUCGGCUCUGCUCCGGCCGGGCGCCGUGGUCCUGCCGCGCUCCGCCUCGCUGCACGUGGCGGCUGUGGAGUUUGAGGACCUGUGGAAGAUCAGAGCUCCCUGUGGGACGUGCGAGGGCUUCGACGUGAGCCCCAUGGACCAGAUGAUCCAGAAGUCUGUGGAGUACAGAGAGUCGAGGGAGGCGGAGCCACACUCGCUGUGGGAGUACCCCGGCCGCGCCCUCACCCACAGCGCAGAGGUCAUGACCUUUGACUUCACACAGUGUGUCCCGGAGCAGCCGCUCCGCAGCCAGGGGGCGCUGCCCUUCACCAGGAGCGGGCGCUGCCACGCGGCCGUCAUGUGGAUGGAGUAUCAUUUAACUGAAGACAUUAGAGUGAGCGCAGGUCUGACAGCACCCGUGGGUGCUCAGGGCCAGUGCCAGUGGAGCCCACACCAGAAACAGGCUGUGUUCUUCUUUAACUCUCCCCGGGACACUCCAGCAGAGGGCGCUGUGCUCUCCUACUCCUGCACCUUUGAGCCGAGCCGAGGGCACCUCCAGGUCGACUUUAACUUUGUCAAUGUCGAGAGUGAAGAGGCGACGAGUUAAUGCUGCACUUUUUAUAUCAUCAACGGUUUUUGUACUGGACUUUAGACGAGACAGGAAGUGCUUCAUCUGUAUCUGUACAAGAAAAAAUAAAUUUAAAAAAACCUAACACACAUGAUUGUGGCUUCAGCUGGAACUGAAAAUUAAGAUGAGGUCAAAUUAAACUCUCUGAAUAUUAGAAAUACUGAAUAUUGAGUAAUUUUUGGUAAUAUUUACCCACAACAGAACCACAGCUACUAUAGGCCUGUUUCUUAGAUUAUCUGAAUAAUUGUGUAGAGUUAAGAUCAGGCUCUGGUUUGUUUUCUGCUCUGUUUAUAAUAAUAGUUUAUCAUUCAUAUUUUUUAUAUUAAGGUUUGUUGAUUUUAGACAGUGACGUUCUAAAGAAGAACUGAAAGAAUUGUGACAUUUUGCUGAAAGUGGAACACAACAAACACAACACAAUGUUUAUGAAGUCGGUUUCUUUUACAAGUUUGUUUCUAUUUUAAUGUCUAUAUCAUAAUUAGAACAGAUGUGAGGACGUUUGGACCAUGAAUCUGAAAUAUAAAGUCAGAAGGAUUCACAGUCUCACACAGUGUUCCUGUACUGCAAAAGUAAUCCUUACCCCAUCUAAAAGUAGUCUGAUUACUCUGAUUAUUUUAUUACAGAAAGUAUACUUCAUACGAAUUAUUAGAAGUUACUUUAAAAAAAAAAAAACUGCUCAGGAACCACCUUCAGAAAUCAUGAGCUCUUCACACUGAAGCCUGUUGUUCACACAGAGGCCCCCGGCACACGCCUCCACAACACUCAGCUGAUCUGCCCCUGACACACAACAUGACUCACACACUCCUCUUUAUCUGUUUAAUGUUUUAUGACACAGUUCUGUGGAUUAGACACAUUUUUGCAGGAAAAAAGUUUCUAGGCCAAGUAACUGAACUAGAUUUUCAUUUGUAACUUGUUACAUUACGGCAAUACUAAAAAAGUACGUUUCUGCCCUGAAGUUCAGCUUCUGUCCUCAGGGGGUCAGUGUUUUGAGCAGUGUACACCAGGGUGCAUCAUUUACCCCAAUGCAGAAAUUCAACUUGUAUAAUUGCUCAACUGAAUAAAAUCUACUGGGUCCACCAAUUUUAAUGGCGUCCAUAAAGCUCUGGCAGAUCAUUAUUUCUCAAAUAACUUUCCGUUUAGCGCAGUGGUGUCAAUGAAAGUUGAACAUAAAUGUUGCUGUUGUGCAUCUUUUGGUACCAAAUUUAUAUCUUUAUUUUCAUAACUUUCUAAGAUGAUAAUUUUGUCGAGAUUUUGAGUGUUUUUUCAUAAUUAUACAAAGUCCACAAAUUCCAAAGAUGAAAUGAGAGACAUAAAGUUUGUUCUUUCUGAAGUGAUCAUAAACUGUAUAAAAAAGUGGAGUGAGUGAGUGUGAC